CCGCCGGAAGCCGGUCCCUCGCCCCGACCCGGAAGCGGCGCCGUCGCUAUGGGGGACGCGGGCGUGCGGCCCGGGUUCUACGUGGGGCUGGGCUUGGCCCUGGGCUCCAGCGCCUUCAUCGGUGGCAGCUUCAUCCUCAAGAAGAAGGGGCUGCUCCGGCUGUGCCGUCGCGGCCGCGCCAGGGCAGGACAAGGAGGUCACGCGUACCUACAGGAGUGGCUUUGGUGGGCAGGGCUGCUGUGCAUGGGAAUUGGAGAAGCUGCAAAUUUUGCUGCCUAUGCCUUUGCCCCUGCGACGCUGGUAACUCCUCUGGGUGCUCUAAGUGUCCUUGUGAGUGCAGUUCUGUCUUCUGUCUUCCUGAAUGAGCAGCUGAAUGUUCAUGGGAAAAUUGGCUGCAUCUUGAGUAUCCUGGGCUCCACGGUGAUGGUUAUCCAUGCUCCGCAGGAAGAAGAGGUUUCCAGCCUAGAGUCAAUGGCAGAGAAGCUGAAAGAUCCAGGAUUCAUUGUAUUUGCUGUGUGUGUGCUGGUGAGCUCCCUUCUGCUUAUCUUCGUGGCUGGACCCCGUUACGGACAGAGCAACGUCCUGGUGUAUGUUUUGGUCUGCUCUGCCAUCGGCUCACUUUCUGUAUCCUGCGUCAAAGGCUUGGGGAUUGCUCUGAAAGAACUGUUUUCUGGGAAGCCAGUCCUGAAAGAACCACUGGGUUGGGUGCUCCUGGUGUGCCUGGUGAUCUGCAUCAGUGUCCAGAUCAACUAUCUGAACAAAGCCUUGGACAUCUUCAACACAUCUGUGGUCACCCCUAUUUACUACGUGCUCUUCACCACAGCAGUUAUGACGUGCUCUGCCAUCCUCUUCAAGGAGUGGCAACACAUGGUGCUAGACAACAUCAUUGGCACUGUCAGUGGUUUCCUCACCAUCGUGUCCGGCAUCUUCCUCCUGCACGCCUUCAGGGACAUGCCCUUCACCCCUGACCUCCUGCCCCUCUUCCUGCAGGGCAGGGCAGACCUGCACACCUCAUGGAGGAGUGUGGACCGACAUCAGUCAUGUCAGCACCAGCCUCUUCUGCCCUCAGAGGACAAAGGGUCUCGGAGCGCAGAGGAGGAGGAGGAAGGUGAAAGCAUGUGAGGGAGCCUCUGAACUGCUUAGCUUUCUGCUCCUGCUACUGAGCAGCUCAUGCUGCCUCAGUUGCUGCUGGGUACGCUGCACAGGCAGUAGCAGUGUCCGUCUACCUGUCCCUGGUGCGAGAUGGGUGACCUGCCACUGACAGGGACAGCAGCCUCCUGCGCCUGCAGACAGGAGCCCUGGGAACACCCCAGUUCCUAGGAUCCAGUGCCUCUUCACUCUUUUACAUGAAGAAUUGGUCUGCCCUUGUCAGGACGCAGCCUUUGGCUGCACAGAGGCCCGCAACACUAACCCAGUGGUAAUUUACUGAAGGCAAAGGCCAUGCAUCUGUGGGGGCCUCACAGUGUUUUUUAAGUAUACUUGAAUUAACGGUUACAAAAUAACCUAAAGUACUGCUGAGACUACCUGGAGGGAAGAUGAAGUUCUGGCUUGAGAGGUGACAUACCCAGAAUAUUAAUUCAAAAAUCCCUCUGUCAAGUACUUGUUUCGCUCACUCUGCUAGAAUUUAUUUACAGAUUCACAUCCAAGAACAGAAUACAGCCCAAACUGGACAACUUCAGCGGUGCUGCCAUGUGCUGCUGUGGCUUUUAUGGAGGGACUAGCCUCUUCACAUGAUGUCUGCUGUGCAGGCUGAUGAAACACCUGCUCACUGUAUUCUAUUAAAAUCUGAUUCAUUCAGUUAGCGAGUGGCAAGCGAUAUUGUACUGAGAGCUGGGCCAGCGCUAAAAGGCAUGAAGGAUUCCAGGGGCAGGAAGUACUGUGAGAAACUCAACAUAGGGACAGAGAAGGAAUCACUUGCUGUGGGAACAGGAGUGACCCAAGAGUCCUUAGCUAUUGAGGUAAGUCUCUGAAGGAUAAUUAGAGCGCUGUGUCCUCACUUACGUGGGUUUAUAUCUGCAUAACUCUGUUUAACACAUCCUGAAUUUGCUCCCAGGAAGGCUGGUGGCUAGAAGGCGCCUGUAUUAGAAAAUCUGGCCCUGUCCCACCACCCAUGGCAAAUGGAUGCAUGCGGAACUGCUGUACCAGGUUCCUUGUAGAGCUCCAAGCCACUGCCAGUGGCUCACUCCAGGCUUCCCAGAGCCACGCUGUAUGUAAAUACUGCUGGAAUUCCAUGCUCCCUGUCCAGAGGGUGGAUCAGUACCUUGUUUGUCCAGUCAGAAGCUCCUCUCUGUGCACUGGGGACAGAGCUGCAGAAGCUGCAGCAUAGGCCUCCCUCCAGUGAUCGCCACAGGUAAAAGCGCAUGAAGUUAUGAAGUAGCUGGUUACUUAUUUCCUGCAUUUAGUCUUUCUAAAUAAACUGUUCCUUUACAGCACAGCAGGAGCUGAUAAGCCUUUGGGGAAGAGGAGGAAAGGCCAUACCCUCUCCCAGAAACAGGUUUGAGACCAAAUUAAUUGGGCAACAAAUCAUAAUUCAGAGC